UUUUGUGGCAUGUAAAUAUUGGUAAACAUCAGUAACCCGAGUUGAUGUGCACUUGUGCGACUGAUUGUUGUAUUAUAUGCAAUUUAUACUGUACCGUCUUCAUACCAGUUGGUACUGUGACCUGUUCGCGUUCGCAAGCAUCAAGUUGGACACUGCGAUAAAUAAUUAAAAAUAACUAAUUUAUAACACGGCACACACAAAAUGUCUUUAGCGGACGAACUUCUUGCCGAUCUCGAGGAAAAUGACGACGCAGAUGCUUUUGAGGAAGAACCGGAGCCAAACUUUAUCCCGGCUUCCGUUUCCAAAUCUUUAGAAGAAGAAAUAAAGGUAUCCUCUGUGCGAGAGUUGGCUAAGUUAUGUGACUCGGAACGAUUACAGAAGGUGAUGAUAGAAAUUGACAAACACAGUAAAACACCUAGGAAAUCAGCCGAUAUUGUGGGACCGGUAGAAUCUGACCCAGAAUAUCAGUUAAUCGUGGAAGCUAAUAAUAUGACCGUAGAUGUUGACAAUGAGAUUGCCGUUAUACAUAGAUUUACUAGAGACAAGUAUUCAAAACGAUUUCCAGAGUUGGAAUCCUUGGUAGUAGGACCACUGGAAUAUGUAAUGACUGUAAGGGAAUUAGGGAAUGAUUUGGAUAGAGCCAAAAACAAUGAAACAUUGCAACAAUUUUUAACUCAAGCUACGAUUAUGGUCGUUUCCGUAACAGCGUCAACCACACAAGGCCAACUACUGACCGAGGACGAGAAAAAUGCCAUUUGCGAAGCUUGCGACAUGGCAGUAGAAUUGAAUAACUGUAAACUAAAAAUAUUUGAAUACGUAGAAAGCAGAAUGGCAUUCAUCGCACCGAAUCUGUCAAUAAUCGUCGGUGCAUCAACAGCCGCCAAGAUUAUAGGUGUUGCGGGCGGUCUGACAAAGCUCUCCAAUAUCCCAAGUUGUAACCUUUUAGUCUUGGGAUCUCAAAAGACUACGCUGUCUGGAUUCUCACAAGUCGCUACGUUGCCUCACACGGGAUUCAUAUAUUAUUCUGAUAUCGUGCAAGACACAUCUCCUGACCUACGGAGGAAAGCAGCAAAGCUAGUAGCGACGAAGAGCACGCUAGCAGCCAGAGUGGACGCUCGCCACGAGUACGCGGACGGUCAUUUCGGCCAGGUGUUGCGCGAAGAGAUCGAGAAGAAGUUGGAUAAGUUGCAGGAGCCGCCGCCCGUGAAGUUCGUGAAGCCUCUGCCGAAGCCGAUUGAUCCCGGCCGCAAGAAACGCGGUGGUAAACGCGUGCGAAAGAUGAAGGAGCGUUACGCGAUCACCGAGUUCAGGAAGUAUGCCAACAGGAUGAACUUCGCUGAUAUUGAAAAUGAUGCUUAUCAGGAGGACCUUGGUUACUCGCGGGGAACAAUUGGCAAAGCCGGCGCAGGUCGAAUCAGACUGCCACAGGUCGAUGAGAAGACGAAAGUCAGGAUAUCCAAAACGUUACAGAAGAAUUUGCAAAAGCAACAACAAUGGGGAGGAAGCACCACCGUCAAAAAGCAAGUCUCUGGCACCGCUUCGAGCGUGGCAUUCACUCCUUUACAGGGUCUUGAAAUUGUCAAUCCGCAAGCUGCAGAGAAAAAGGUGAACGAAACAAACGCAAAAUACUUUUCAAAUACAGCUGGUUUCCUGAAGGUCAAGAAAUCUUGAACAGUUAAUUCUGUGCGCGAUCGAGAGGAGACAAAUGACAACAAUAAAAUUUAUUAUAACUAGAAGAUAUAAUUGUAGAACGAGUUCUCAAAUAGCAAGAGCAAUUAGUUGAGCACCAAAUAUGUAACAACAAAGUUUUUAUAAAAUAUAUACUAUAAAAUAUA